CCCAGAUGUUUGUCUACGUUAUCAUUUCAUCCUGCAUCGUGGCCAUUGUGGCUGCCAGUUGUGAUCCCAAUCCGUGCCAGAACGGAGGCACAUGCAAUCUGCCUCAAUUCCCAAACGACAGUGCACGAUUUUUCUGCAUCUGUACAUCCGGCUGGGACGGACGCUUUUGCCAGACCCCUUUCCGGUACAUCGGAUGCUUUGAAGAUAGUCCGUACCGUUUCAUGACUAUCCUGCUCCCCCCAUCGAAUUCAAACUCGCCGUUGGAGUGCGCCGGUCGCUGCCAAGGUUACCCUUAUAGCGGCACGCAGGUCGGGAACGAGUGUUGUUGUGGAGACAGUCUGAACGCUGAUAAAAAGCCGGAUUCUGAAUGUAAUUCUGUGUGUCCCGGGGAUUUGAGCAAGACAUGCGGAGGACCUUUUAGGAUGAGCGUUUACAGCAUCAUUGAAUAAAUGUCGACUCAUGGAGGAAGCAAAUCGUGGUUCGGAAUCAAGGCUGUAUGAGCUGAUACAAACAGCCCGAAGGACACUCUUCGCUUUUUGAAAAACGUUUUUUCCCGUUCUUUCUAUACAACAUUAUUGACUUUCACUUUACUAACUGCCUGAUUACAGAGAAAAGUGAUUAAAUUCGGUUUUGCUUAGAAGUUUCAACAAAGAUGUAAAGGAUGUUUUUACAUGAUUUUUUUUAUCUCAAAAUCAUUGGCCUGACUUUAAUGGCACUUUUAA